AUGAGUAGGGGCUGGCUCGAGGGGAUUGGCAGCGUCAAGGGCAGGGGCGCUCCCGGUGGUGACUUGAUGAUUGGCUCCGGGGCUGGGAGAGGAGAGUUCUUGGGGAUCGUCGGCAGAAUCAGAGGUUGCGCAUGUUCUGAAGCCGAAACGCGACUGAAAUUCUCCUUAACCGGCAUAAAUGGCGUUGGCCGGGGAAGAUCCAACUUGGUAUUCUUUUUACCAUCUGAAGAUGAAGAAGCCGUCAGCUGCGAGGGCAGCCCAAGCAAGGGUGUGAAAUGCACGUACCCAAAGACAAUCGCAUCCUCUUCGCAGCUGGGUUUGGGGAUGAGGGUCGAGCAGACCCAUCUAAAAGCCAUUCCAAUCAGUUUUCCGGUAAGGGCUAAAGAUUGCCAAGUCGCUAGGAUUAGAGGAGAGGGAAUCUCACAAGUCUUAAAAACACUCUUUAUGACAUCCAAGGGGGUGUCAGGGGCUGGAGAUGGGACUGAGGCACCCAAGUCUGUGCCUGGAGGAACAGAUGACGGGCCGGGGGAGUCUGGCUCGGCAAACUGCUAUUUGUCAAAUGAUAAACCAGCCAUUAACAUCAGUCAGGGGGAGGAGGUAUACCUGUCUGGCAUCUGA